AUGUCUGACUUGUCUGCUCAGCUCUCUGCUUUCAAAAGCAAGAUCAGAAGUGGACCUUCUGUCUCAGUAAGAAGGACGGUUCCCCAAAAAUCUGAAGCAGCAGAAAAGAACGAUCAGGUAAGGGGUUACAGUGAUAAUAAAGUCAAAACCAGCCAAAAAAGAGACGCCCAUGAAUUAAGCCUAGAAUCAAAAAGACAAAAGGUUUCUAAUGAUUUUUCAGGUUCUAUGUUACCAACUCAAUUGCAUACAGCUGUUGAAUAUAUUAAACAACACGACUAUCCCAUAGCCGUUUCAAAACUUCAAAACUAUUUAUCACUUGAUGUUGCUCCUACAUUAUUACCUUUGUUAAAAGAAAUCGAUCGAAUUAAAUACAACAGGGACGAUGACACACUUGAAUACGUUUCUUUUCAUAAUAUAAGGUCUUCCGAUGAUCUACUAAACUUUUUGAGAUACCAACCGACUUUUAAGGGAAUGUCUGUAAAAGAGCUCAGCGACGGCUGGUCUGGAUGCGUAGAUGCUAUAAAUGAAUUAGAAGAACAAAAUAAGAUAUUAGUGUUACGAAACAAGAAAGAAAAUACCCCUAGACUAGUAUGGGCAAAUUUAGGUGGUGAAUUGGACUUAAUAGACGAUGAAUUCAAGAAAAUGUGGAGCGAAGUUAAACUCCCUGAACCAGAUAACUUGUAUCUGGCCCUUAUUGAUCAAGGGUUGAAGCCUUCAGGUGCUGACCCUUCUUUAAUUAGGAAAAAGCCACAACAACAAGAAAAAAAGCAAAAGAAGGCAAGGAGAGGAAAAAUCACAAAUACCCAUAUGAAAGGGAUCUUGAAAGACUAUUCACAACUAGUUUAA